GCCAGUGACAGCGCCGGGCCGAGCCGAGCCGAGCCGGGCCGGGGGCUGCGCUUCGCCUCCUCGCCACCCAGCCGGGGCCGCCGCCCUGCCGGAGCGGAGCAGCCGGGAAGUUUCGGGGCAAAGCCCCUGACCAGCAUCCCCUCAAAACAAGCCGUAAAAAAUGGGCCGGAAAAAAAUACAGAUCAGUCGAAUUUUGGACCAGCGCAACCGUCAGGUGACCUUCACCAAGCGCAAGUUCGGGCUGAUGAAGAAGGCCUAUGAACUGAGCGUGCUGUGCGACUGCGAGAUCGCCCUCAUCAUCUUCAACAGCACGAACCGGCUCUUCCAGUACGCCAGCACCGACAUGGACAAGGUGCUGCUCAAGUACACGGAGUACAGCGAGCCGCACGAGAGCCGCACCAACUCCGACAUCCUGGAGACGCUGAAGCGGAAGGGCCUGGGGCUGGAGAGCCAGGAACUGGAGCUGGACGAAGGGCUGGACCCCACGGAGAAGAUCCGGAAGCUGAACGAGGGGGUGGACCUGACGGUGGCGCGGCCCAGGCUCUACUCAUCAGCCCCUCCGCCCAGCCACGAAGCGGCCUACGCGGGCACACCGCCCUCUGGGAGCGACGGAGGGCUCAGCAGCGCCAAUGGAUCCCCGCAGCACCAGAGCCGCCUGCCUAUGUUCAAGUCGCCAAUCCCCAAGCACGGCCAGCCUUCGGGGCGCUCCCCGGGGCCACUGCCACCAGGCCUUGGCUACCCUCUCUUCUCCCAUGGCAACCUGAACCGAGCCCUGGCUACCAAGACCCCUCCCCCGCUCUACCUAGGGACAGACGGCCGCAGGGUGGAUGUCCACAGCAGUUUGUCCAGCGCCAGGAGCAAUCUGACAUCAGCGCGAUCGCUCUACCCUGGCCUGCAGACGGUGAGCUCAGGGCUGCCCGCCGGCAAUGGCAGCCUGCCAGCCCACGGGCUAGGGGGCUUCCCCUUCCUCUCCUCAAGCCAAGCAGAGUACGGGCCCGGUGAGGCCUCCACGCACCCCGGCUACCUCCAGCCCAACGCCAUCGCCUCCUGGCAGCACCACCGCGACAUGGCAGCCUCCGCGCACCUGCCGCUGGGGGCGGGCGGCAGAAUGCUCCCCACCGAAGAGGCAGCCCCGACCCCCAGCAGCUCGCCCCAGCACCAGGCCAUCAGCAUCAAAUCUGAGCGGGUCUCCCCGGUGGUCAGCUGCAGCUCGGCCACCCCCCAGCAUUCCCUGAGCGGCCUGUCCUCCCUCGGCGACGUCCCCAGAGGCCCCGGGGACCCGCCCCAGCGAGACGAGUAUGCCAAGGCCUAUCACUACCCGCUGGUCCUGUCCCGGCCGCUGGCGGAGGAGCAGCAGGGGGGUGUCCCUAUGCGGCGCCCGCAAGUGAUGGACGUUUGGCAGAGAUAGUGGGGCCGGCUGUCCGGGGUGGGGGGAUGCCCGCGCUGUUUGCGUGUACGUACUGGCAGUGGCAGGCCCAGUGUGUGACAUGCCUCCUCUUCUGCUUGGAAGCACUUGUACCUUUCUCCUGGGGUCCGCUGCAGCCAUGGCUACCCGCAGGGCAUGGCUGAGUGCUGGGGCGAGGGGGAAGUCCCAGAACCCCCUGGGCUGUGAGUGCCUGCGGGAAGCCCCCAUCAGUGCCUGGCCCCAGAGCCCCAUGGGCUGAGAGUGUCUGUGGGGGGGGAGCCCCCUUUGGUACCCUGCCCCAGAACCCCCUCGGCUGUGAGUGCCAAUGGGGAGCCCCCUCUCUCGGAUUGAAAUACAUCCCUACUCUCUUUCCCUCCAACUCUCUGAUUUCAUGUUAAAUGCAUGUCUGGGUGGAAGGUCUGUUCCUCUGAGCUGGGCUGGGACCCCCGUGAGCAAGCCCCUCGCCCUCACCUGCCCCCCACCCUGCUGCUAAUGCCCCAGACCAGCUGCAGAUGCCUUGGAAGCUCCAGUCUCUGGCUGAGCUCCAGGUCUGCUCCUGGUGCCCACGUCAACGCCUCCUCCCUUCCGCUAGCGCCAGUGCAGCGCCCCCGGGGCACAGCCAUGGGGCACGCCAGCGCGGACAGGGCAGGCUGGGAAGGUCUGCAUUAGAGCUGCCCCCCCCGUGGUAACGCGGUGCGGGGAUUCGGCACAGCGCCAGCCUGUGGGAUCCGCAGUGUUCAGGUGCCGCUCGGGGUUAUUUUCUAUUUAUUAUGUUGUAUCCAGCCGCGGGUUCGACCAAUAAAGAUCUGGGUUUGUCCAGC